CGCGGACUAAUUCCACAAGCGCGUUUUUUGGCCUGCCAUUGCUCCUUCCGGACGCACCUGUGCCACUAGACGGCUGCGUCGAGCGUCUGUGCUGAGCUGCUCUCGUUGCGUAGCGCAGGCGACACAGCCCUCGCACCCUCAAAAUGCCAAGUUACAAUGGCCGCAGGCGAGGCGGUAGGGGACGUGGACGCGGCCGCAGCAAUAACUACAAUAACAACCAGAACCAGAACACCUUCGGCGGCGGCAAUCAAAACAUCCCGCUUGGCGCCGCCGGCCAAAACAACGCGUUCGGUGGUGGCAUGCAGCAGUCCUCGCCCUUUGGCGGCGGCAUGCAGCAAUCGAAUACCUUCGGCGGUGGCAUGCAGUCGAACAACACCUUCGGCAGCGGCCUGGGCGUCCAGCAGUCGAGUACGUUCGGCGGCGGCCAGUCGUCGACCACGUUUGGCGGCCAGUCGAACUCGUUCAAUCGCGGCGGCCUGGGCAUCCAAAGGAACCGGCCGCCGCGGACGCCAGCGCGGACGCAGAACAUCCCGCUCGGCUCGGCCGGGACGGCCUCGACCUUCGGCGCGACCUCAUCCCUGGGAAACUCGUCCAUGUUCGGCGCGGCGCCCGCGCCGACGACGUUUUUCGGUGGGUCUACCGCGCCGGCGGCCUCGCCCUUCGGCGGCGGCGGCGGAGCGACGACGUUCGGGGGAGGAGCGCCCGCGGCGACGCCUUCGCCCUUCGGAGGCGCCUCGCCGGGCGGAGCAACGACGUUCGGCGCGGCGGCGCCGUCGACGACGUUCGGCGGGGCCGCGGCGUCGCCCUUCGGGGGCGCCUCGCCGGCCGCCGCGUCGCCGUUCGGUGGAGCACAAACCGCCGCGGCGCCGGGCACGGGCGCGCCGCCCUAUGCAGCGACGCCCGACACGACCGUGGACAACUCGAAGCACCGGCAGGUGCUCCUGCCCAUCACGGCCAUGCCUCCCUACGCCGGCAAGUCCUUCGAGGAGUUGAGGGUGGAGGACUAUCAGCAAGGCAACAAGGGCCGGGGCGGCGCCGCGCCGGCGACGCCGGCCUUUGGCGGGAGUCCGGCGGCCGUGGCGUCGCCGUUUGGAGGC